AUGAUCCGCAGUAUCCAAAGGCUAGCUGCCUCUGCCGGGGGCUCGCCCUUCUUUCUGCGGACCGUGCCGCGGCUUUCCCUCUUGAUACUGCUUCUCUCAGUCGUCUACCAGUAUUUCGUAUCCGGCCAAUAUGAUCCCUACAAGUGCAACGCCCUGCUCUCCAACGGCACCUGGCGCUCGCGCCCCGGCUCACACUUGCCGAUGGAUGUCUUUGCGAAAUGGGAACCUGCCGAUUGCAGGAUACGCGAAAUGUCCCGCGAGGAUGUGUCGGGCUGCUUCUCGGGUCGUCACUUGGUCAUCGUUGGAGACUCGACUUUGCGUCAGCUCUACUUCGCUGCCAUGACAAGGCUUGAUCAUCGCGUUGCCGACAAAGCCAUUCUUGACUUCGCCGUGUCAGAAAACAAACACCAAAACCUAGCAAAGGAGGUCAAGGGUGUCAAACUUGAGUUUAUAUGGGACCCUUGGCUCAACUCCACCAGUCUUCACAGUCAAUUGGCUCGAUUUCGGGACCGUCCUGGAUCCGCCGAUUAUGAGAAACUCGUCCGACAAGAGGGAAGAGAAUCACCAGCGCUCAUCGUCCUCGGCACUCCAGGUAUAUGGGCGGCUCGCCAGGGCGGUGACCGGUACUUGGAGCUCUUCAGAGAAGGCAUCAACGUCCUCAUGCCGUACCUGCACAAAAGUAUCGACGAAUUAAUGGUUUACCCCCAGAGCAGUUCACAGUCGGCCUUUACAGAGCUCUCCAACCAUGUCCUCGUGGCACCCGUGCCUGUCCCGGCCUACGGUAUGCUUACCACGUCCCGCGCGCGAGCCAUCACUCCCAAAAGGAUUGGCGCCAUGAACUGGAACUUGGAGCACCUGGGCCCGGAUGAGCAAUCGCAUAUUGCUUGGGGCUACAAUGGCAUGACCGAGGACCACGACGACGCUAUGCUUGAGGAUGGUAUCCACUCAGUCGAUAUUGUCAUAGAGAGGAAACUAGAUGUCGUCCUCAAUGCUCACUGCAAUGCCGGUCUGAUUAGACGAGGGUACGCCAAUCAGGUCACCUGCUGUGUGCCGUACCCUCCCCUUCGUCGCAUCCAGCUUUUGCUUAUUGGCCUCAAUGUGUUGACGAUGCCUAUCCUGUUUUUGAGUCGGCAGCAGGAUUCUUUCCCGUCUGCUCGAACGUCUCGCUUCAUGGAUAGUCUAUCGGCGUUGGCUACGCUACUCGUCGUCGCGGCAUACUGCCUCAUCGCCGACCGAACUCAUAUCUUCGCGAAACAGGACAAGUACUUUGACGUGCCCGACUUUUUAUCACCUUUGAUUGGCCUCGCUAUUUUCGCAGCGUCGUCACAUCGUUUCAAAGCACCCAUCUUGUCUUCGGCGAAAGGUCUCACUACCUCGUCCUUUCUGUCCCGGGAGCAAACGGACGAAUGGAGAGGCUGGAUGCUGGUAUUCGUUCUGCUAUACAAGUACCAUACGGCGUCCGAGUCAUUGGCAAUGUAUAAGGUACACAAGUUCCUUAUCGCGACCUUCAUCUUUUUGUUCAGCUACGGUCAUACGAUGUAUUUCCUCCGUACCGAAGACUUUUCGCUGCGCAGGGUUGCGUAUGUGUUGGGUCGGCUGAAUGUGCUAGCCUGCCUCAUCGCGUUCAUGGUAUCAAGCGAAUGGAUCAUCUAUAGUGCGCCUCUAAUGACGUUUUGGUUUGCUGUCAUCUACGCAACGUUGGCUUGCUUCAAGAAGUCCAACAGCAACCCUGUUGCAUUCUUCGUAAAGGUCGUGGUAUUUGCUGCUUGGACUUCAUAUUUGGUACAAAGCACCCGUACUCCUGAGCGUUUUGUUCUGAUUCUUGGACGGACUUGUGGGAUAUACUGGGACGUGAAUCUUUUACGCGCCCACUUCACCAUGGAUCGCUUCAUCCCUUACUUUGGUAUACUUGUGGCGGCUGCCACGCACCGAGUCUCGGUUCUUAAGCGUCGUCAGCAUGGCAUCAACUCCCAGGCUUCAUUCGAAAGGAUCAAUAACGCACUUGACCGCGGGCUGUUGAAAGUCACUUAUCCGCAACGAGACGCGAUACCGGUGAAGCCGAUAAUGGUAUUUUUCGCCAUCGCGUAUCUCAUUGUUUUCAUCAUCCUUGCGUUUAUUGCCGAGGUCUAUGACAACAACAAGUCCUACAACACCUACCACCCGUACACGAGCCCCUGGUUUGUGCUGUCGGCCAUCAUUGCAAGGAAUUCUUUCCGAAGAUUGCGCGACCUUCAAAUCCCGCCGGCGGUAGCUCUUGGACGCAUGUCCCUCGAAGCUUACAUUUUGCACCAUCACAUAUGGCUUGCAAGUGAUGGAGCUGGAAUCUUGAGGAUUGGAGGCGGAGGCCGCCUACCGAGAGCAGUCGAAGUAACGGUUAUUGCUACAGUCUUCCUUUGGGCCUGCAACAAAUGCCACAUCGCUACUCUGCACAUUGUUGGUGGUUCGACAGGAGCAGACAACAGGGAGCAGGCCGAAGAAGUCUCGUUGGGACGCGCCAUACCGGUUAAGGACGCGCAUCGCGGCUGA